UUCAUAACUUUUGAGAAGAUGGCGCCUUCACCAUUGCAACAGCGCAAAACACACAACACUCUUCUCUUUCAAAAACUUCUAAAUUUGAGAGAUGGCGCGAGCCCUUUUACUUUGUUGCUUGAUAAUUUGGAGCAGAGAAGUGGAGGUGUUGUGAGAGAGUUUGUGAGAAGGGCAAAGGUAUGCGCGAGGAAUUUCCUUCAAAUUUUCAAUUUCCCCUUUCUGCCUUUUCACUUGACGAAGUACUUGUUUCAUUUAAAAGACUGCUGGGUAUCCCAAAUUGCCAUUCAAUUUCUGGGUUUCGCCUCUCUCCAUGUCACGUGGCAUGGCCCCCUCUGACUCAAUAAUGAUCUUAUUCUUUUCAUAAAGCAAAAGGUUUCUGAGUGAUAAAAUCUGACCCGAAAACUGCCAGAUCUCAAAGACGAAAAUCAUAUUCAUAUCUUUUGCAACGAUUUGGAAAAAGAUUUCUUUUGAGGCAGACGUCUUCAUAACAGCGCGGUCAAUGGCUCUCGCGGCACUGAGAAGUGAGAUCGUCUCCCAUAUCCCGCAGGCACCCGUCCCAUCUUCAAGUUCUGUACCUCCGAGUAAGUCUCUGCUACUAUUACAACGUACUUUCAUUCCCAUGCACAUGCUAAUGAUUCGUUACAGAAUACCUCCUUAUAGUCGACACACUAACUCCUCUCUGUACCCUCUACGCCUCUCACAUCUCAAACUUCCUCUCCUCUCUUCUUUUAAGCCCUCAAAUCUCCCUUUUAGCGACCUAUCACUUGGAUGUUCCUGUUCCCCAUCAAAGCACAGCACUCUACACGCCACACCCUUUGACAACUCUCACCUACCUCUCAACCAGCAUUCUCACCCUCUCUGCUCUCCCCCAAAUACUAGCACAAAAGCGGGCCCGAGAUAAAAGUCUGCAGGCUCCUACAUUCGGCUUAUCAUCUCUUCCAGAGGGAGCUCUUAUUUCCCUCACAAAGAAUUCCCAAACUUCCGGUGCAGAGAACGGAAUUGUCAUACAUGCAGAAUUACGUCGUCGCUCCGGUCGAGGAAUUGUCGAGGACUUUGUUCUUAUUCCCAGCUACUCGUCGACAAAAUCUAGCGUUCCGGAGGUUAUCUUGCUAGAUGAACAUCCUCUUUAUCUCACACCCACAUUCUCUCAGCCUGCUUCUGGUGAAGGAGAAGAUCCAGAGGACAUGGCUACGACUUUCAACCUAUGCUUGACGGAGAAGCAGAAGCGGGAUCGAGAGAAUGUGGUGCUUCCGUAUUUUGAUGCGCAGAAAGAUGGAGGCGGAAGUGGUGCGGGUGAGGGUGGUAGAAUUCUGUAUGAUAUGGGAGAUGAGGAUCGUGAGGAUUUCGACGAUGAAGAGGACGAGAUAUGA